GGAAUUCUGAAUGUGUCAGCUGAGGAUAAAUCGACUGGAAAAACGAAUCGGAUCACAAUUCGAAAUGAGAAAGGACGAUUGUCUCAAUCAGACAUUGAUCGAAUGGUUAACGAGGCAAAACAAUUCGAAAAGGAAGAUGGAGAACAACGAGAACGUGUGUUGGCUCGUAAUCAGUUGGAGGCAUAUGCAUUCCAAGUCAAACAAGCUCUUGAUGAAUACGGAUCAAAAUUGCCAUCUGAAGAUUCGAAUCGUGCGAAAGAAGCUGUUGAAGAGACUCUCCGUUGGUUGGAUUCAAAUCAAUUGGCUGAAAAGGAUGAGAUUGAGGCAAAGGAUAAGGAAUUGAAGUGUGUCUGUCAAUCAAUUCUCUCCAAAAUGCAUCAAUCUGGACAGCAACAACCUUCUUCUGGAUGUGGAAAUCCUGGAUUUUCUGGAUUCAAUUCAAACAACUAUCCACAGGGACCAACUGUUGAAGAGGUCGAUUAA